AUGGAUCAUCCCAGGAGAGAAAGUCCAGCUGCCCAUGAUGAAGCCCCAGACAACCUUUUAGUGCUCACGGUGGCCACGCAGGAGACGGAAGGCUUCCGGCGUUUCAAGCGCUCAGCCCAGUUCUUCAACUACAAGGUUCAGUCCCUGGGCCUGGGGCAGGACUGGGAUGGGAAGAAGGAGACGUCGGCAGGUGGAGGCCUGAAGGUACGGCUGCUGAAGAAAGCGCUAGAGAAACACGCGGACGAGAAGAACCUAGUCAUUCUCUUCACAGACAGCUACGAUGUGGUGUUCGCUUCUGGGCCCCGAGAGCUCCUGAGGAAGUUCCGGCAGGCCAGGAGCCAGGUGGUCUUCUCGGCGGAGGGGCUCAUCUACCCAGACCGCAGGCUGGAGGCCAAGUACCCAGUGGUAGCCGACGGCAAGCGGUUCCUGGGCUCGGGAGGCUUCAUCGGCUAUGCCCCCAGCCUCAGCAAACUGGUGGCCGAGUGGGAGGGCCAGGACAGCGACAGUGACCAGCUCUUUUAUACCAAGAUCUUCUUGGACCCGGAGAAGAGGGGCCACAUCAAUAUCACUCUGGAUCACCGCUGCCGUAUCUUCCAGAACCUAGAUGGAGCCCUGGAUGAGGUCGUGCUCAAAUUUGAAAAAGGCCAUGUGAGAGCCCGGAACCUGGCUUACGACACCCUCCCCGUCCUGGUUCAUGGCAAUGGGCCCACCAAGCUUCAGCUGAACUACCUGGGUAACUACAUCCCGCGCUUCUGGACCUUCGAGACCGGCUGCUCUGUGUGUGACGAGGGCCUGCGCAGUCUCAAGGGCAUGGGGGACGAAGCGCUGCCCGUCGUCCUGGUCGGCGUGUUUAUUGAACAGCCCACGCCGUUCCUGUCCCUGUUCUUCAAGCGGCUUCUGCACCUCCGUUAUCCUCAGAAGCAGAUGCGGCUUUUCAUUCACAACCACGAGCAACACCACAAGGCCCAGGUGGAGGACUUCCUGGAAGAGCACAGUGGCCAGUUCCGCUCCGUGAAGCUGGUGGGCCCCGAGGUGCGGGUGUCCGACGCCGAUGCCAGGAACAUGGGCGCAGACCUGUGCCGACAGGACCGUGGCUGCACCUACUAUUUCAGCGUGGACGCGGAUGUGGCCUUGACCGAGCCCAACACCCUAAAGCUGCUGAUCGAACAGAACAAGAAUGUCAUCGCCCCAUUGAUGACCCGUCACGGGAGGUUGUGGUCAAACUUCUGGGGGGCGCUGAGUGCCGAUGGCUACUACGCCCGCUCUGAAGACUAUGUGGACAUUGUGCAGGGGCGGCGCGUUGGCGUCUGGAACGUGCCCUACAUCUCAAACGUCUACUUGAUCAAGGGCAGCGCCCUGCGGGCUGAGCUGUGGCAGACAGACCUUUUCCACCACAGCAAGCUGGACCCUGACAUGUCCUUCUGCGCCAACAUCCGGCAGCAGGAUGUGUUCAUGUUUCUGACCAACCGCCAUACCUUUGGCCACCUGCUCUCCCUGGACAAUUACCAGACCACCCACCUCCACAAUGACCUCUGGGAGGUGUUCAGCAAUCCCGAGGACUGGAAGGAGAAGUAUAUCCAUGAGAACUACACCAAGGCCCUGGCAGGGAAGCUGGUGGAGAUGCCUUGCCCCGAUGUCUACUGGUUCCCCAUCUUCACAGACACCGCCUGCGACGAGCUGGUGGAAGAGAUGGAGAACUAUGGCCAGUGGUCCCUGGGGGAUAACAAGGACAACCGCAUCCAAGGUGGCUAUGAGAACGUGCCGACCAUCGACAUCCACAUGAACCAGAUCAGCUUUGAGCGCGAGUGGCACAAGUUCUUGGUGGAGUACAUUGCCCCGAUGACGGAGAAGCUCUACCCCGGCUACUACACCAGGGCCCAGUUCGAUCUGGCCUUCGUGGUCCGCUACAAGCCUGAUGAACAGCCCUCUCUGGUGCCCCAUCACGACGCCUCCACCUUCACCAUCAACAUCGCCCUGAACCGAGUUGGGGUGGAUUACGAGGGUGGGGGCUGUCGGUUCCUGCGUUACAACUGUUCCAUACGCGCCCCACGGAAGGGAUGGACCCUCAUGCACCCCGGACGGCUCACGCACUACCACGAGGGGCUCCCCACCACCAAGGGCACCCGCUACAUCGCUGUCUCCUUCGUCGAUCCCUAAUUGGCCGGACCCAGCCACCUCGGACCUUUCCUCUGCCCACAAUCAAUCACUGCCCGGCAGUCUCUGGGGUUCAGGGCCCUAGGGAACCCCUGUAGCUGUCUCCAGGCUCUUGAUGUCUCACCGCUCUUAGAGUUUCUGUUGCCUUGGAGAGUUCGCACCCAGCCGGCCGCAAGCCAGAGACAGGUGCACCUCAACUGAGGCUUCUCUGAUGCUCUUGAAUACCGGCUGGGGAAACACUGUUCACUGUCACUGCUUUGCAGCUACCGGUCUCCCCACCCACCUUGCGGGGGACCCAGCUCUCUUCCUCCACUUCUUGUCUGGGUUGAGGCUUGAGCAAGGUGUCUGCAGAGGCCCAGAGAGACCCCAGGGGUGAGCAGCUGCCUCCUGGGCGUCCCCAGGCGGAACUGCAGCCCCAGAACCUUCUGCUUCAAGAUCAGGGUGGACACACACACUUGGAUUGGACUCAACUCCCUCCCUGGCCCUGGGACUGUGGAAGGCCCUUUUCUGUGGGUCUGUCACGAGAGCCAAAUGCCCCCUGGAGAUGGGGACUGAGGAAACCUCCAGGGAGGUUUCACUGCCACGUUGCCUCCUCUACUUGACCCUUUCUGGGGGGUGGGGGUGAUACGUCCACGCACUGUGCUGUGACACCCUGGCCCAGAUGCCUCUGGAGAGAGGGACAGUCAGAAACAGGGAAGUUUCUAUUAAAGGUCGUUGAAACCACUGAGUGGGAGGUGGCAUGGGUGGCGAGUGUGCCCCUGAUGGGGCAGUGUCUGGAGCGAGGUCCCGUGGUGGCCAGGCAAGGCUGUGUCAGCAGACUUGGUGACUUGGGGUGACUAAGUCCAGUCACAGGUGGUCUUCGUGUCACUUGCAUGUGUUGUCAGUCCUCACUGUGAGCCAGCACCGGCUGCCCAGGGCAAACUGCUUCCUCUCAAGACCUCACCAGGUUUCACCUCCUCUCUGAAACCUUUGCAGACCAUCUGCCUACAGAUGCGAACUUGGGGGAAUAGAAGCCUUCCGGUGGCUCCUGCUGUGCCCUGGACAGACCCAGCAUUUGUUAGUGACCAGCGAGGGCUGACUCACAUGGACCCCUCCCUUGCUGUGGGCUGGCAGUAGCCCAUGACAGGGAACGCGGCGUACUGGGGAAGGGGUGUUCGUCCCUUUUGGACAGGAGAAAGCAGGCUGAGAGAGGCCGGGUAUUUAAAGUUCACACCGCAAGUGAGUGGCAGGGGUGGGGAGUAGCCCUGCCAGACUCCUGGUCUCCUGGGGCGCCCUGUAGUCUGCAGCGGGGUAGAAAGAGCCACACGCAGGUCACAGUGGCCCAGCGUGAUAAAUGCCACACACAGGGGCACCAGGCACUGUCCUGGGAAUGAAGGGGCCUGCUGGCUGCUGCAACGCAAUGUUACUCAAUGCAGGGGGACUGCGGCCCUGACGGUGUUGUCACAAGGGGGGCGGGGGCCCUGGGUGCGCCUGGCAUCCCAGGUCUAGGCACUAGGGAUGGUUCUAAGUGCACUAGAAUGCACAGGACACCCCGCUCCCCUACAGUGACCCACCCCAAAUGUCGCUAGUGUGGGCCCCGAGAAGCCUGCCUGUGGAGGCCCCUGAAGCUUGGCCUUGGAGUGGGCACAGCGAGACCCAGGCAGGGUGAGGGGCGCCCGCUGCCUGGGGUGGGUGGGGCACGGCGUCAGGUCGGGAAGCCUCAUCUUCCCAGGCUGAGGAGUGCUGGGCUAUCUCGGAGGCGUUUGGGGCCAUGCAGGGGGUGUGGAGCAUUUUAAAGAUAAUUUUGUAGGGUUUUUGGGUUUUGGGUUUUGAACUGGUCUAGUCUGUUCAAACAGUAUACACCUUAAUCCCUUUCCCAGCCGUCACCCCAGGUGCCCAGUUCUCCCCAGAAGCAACCACACCUGGUCUCUUUGAGUGGAUGGUGUGUAGAUGCAUGAGCAACUUGAGGUGUUUUUUUUUAAAGAUUUAUUUAUGCACACAGAAUUGGGGUAC